AUGGUUGAUCUAACUGACCAAGGUCCACCAGUAAAAUCAUCAGACUCUGCUGUAAUUAAAAAUAAGACUAGGAAAAAGUCUCUUCCGUCAGCUUCUCCUUAUUCUUCUUCUACUCAGCGACGUAAGAGCUCUUCUCCUAAAAGCCCAGAUGAUAAUAUUAACAACAAUAACAAUAACAAUAACAACAACAACACUGCAGACCCAGAAAUAACACCAAAGACUAAAAAAUCCAAAGGAAAAAGCAUAAAAUCACAAACAUCUACUACUUCUACUAAACGACCCUCUCCUUCGCAAAUUUCUCACCGGUCUUUCCGGUUCAUGGUCGAAACCACCUCUUCCAAUGAUGGCAAAUCGCUCGAUGAAUCCCGAAUCCAGUCGGCCAUCGACCUUGUGGAAGAAAAGGGGUUGUCACGCCGCGUUGCAGCCAGCAUGACACGCAUCUCGGCAAACACCCUUAAGCGACGGCUUCAAGGAUCGUUACCCCGCGUUGAGUACCUGGAAAAGCUUAAAAAAAUUAGCAGCAGCGAGGAAAUGAUGAUUGAGUGUGCCAUUGCAAUUCUUAUUCAUCAAGGGGCAGACCUUAAACCCUCUGGGCUUCGAUCAAUCGUAGCUCUUUAUCUCAGCCACGUUGGAUCCCGUCCUGCAGUCAACUUUUUCUCUUCAAGCGAUCAUAUUAAACGAAAAUACCCCUUGGAGGACCUCACCUCCGUCCGCAAAGGUUGGUGCAGCAGGUUUUUCAAGCGCGCGCGAUUCCUCCAACUGCGUGAUGGUUAUAUCCGCAUCAAAGACGACGUGCCCAGUAUCAUCAACGCAUUGGAUAUCGGCUCAGAACCCAUUGACAACCAACAAAUUGUGCUGACUCCAGAACUUGAGCUUCGAGGUAGAGUUUCAGACAGCACAAAGUACCACCGGCUGGAUCACCGGUUCAUGUAUCCAAACUCUGGCCGAGAUUCCAUUAGAGCAUCAACACUAAAAGCCAGUGAAAAGGUAUAUUUAGUAGAUGACGAAAAUGAAAGGGAACAUGGAGAAAAGGAUCAAGACAAUGAUGAAAAUAAAGAGCCAGAAAUCAUUUACAAAAAGGAGAAAAAAGAGAAUAAUGGUGGUGAAAAAAUUAAAGAGGAAAAGCAAGAAGAUUCUGUGCAAUGUAUAGUCAGUACAACCUCAUCUGGCCAGAUCUUUCAACUUUCCGGAAUGCCUGUACCUUUACCAGAGCAUAAGUCAGAUCUAUCUCGGUGGGAUUCAUUUUACGAUACUUCCGGAACAGCCGAAGCCCAGGAACACAACCGCACGCACAGCCCACAUGUUCUUGUGGAAGAGGCACUUUCAAAGCUCAAAGAUCUGACCCAGACCACAGAGUACAAACUGGUCAACAGCAUUGCACAAAAAAUUGAGCUGGUCCCCCAGCAACAAUCACUCGGAAGCCCAACAGAGGAAUUAACACCAGUCAAAGUAGAUCUCUCAGAGUACCUCCAGUAUCUUGGCACAGUGGUCCGCUUAGCUGAAACCACCCUUAAAACUGUACUCAGCACCCAAGUCUAUGCCGACUUCCAGUUGGUUUCUGCCUUGGAAACUGAUGCAGAUUACUGCUUGCAUAAAGUUCUCAACACUGACGACGAAAAACCGGCAGCAAAGGCCUCCUCCAAAACUUCAUCAAAACCAGUAACUAUUCCAACAGCUUCAGUAGCAGAACUGGCCAGCUCGAGUUCAGAAUCUUCGUCGCCUAAUUCAGAAGUUGCAGGUAAAAUAGACCCUACUUUGUCUACAACGUCUCCAAGACCACUGGCUUCUUCACCAUCCUCUUCAACGUCUUCAGAACGUUCUGGCUUGUUGAGCCCUCAAAGCCAAAACAAUGAAGAUGAUUCUAUGGCGCAGGAUCUGGAUAUUCUGCGAGCUGAAGAAAAAAACCACUGUCUUCAAGAAAUGUACUCUAAAACUUUUAUAUCUCUCCGGUCUGUGUUGGGGCUUAUCAGCAACGUGGUUUACGAUCUUUCAACCUCAGUUACUAUUGUUGCAGACAACAAAGUUGUCCAUAAGGGCCGUGUUCCCACCAAACCCAUCUCCUCUGCUUCACAGCUUCCCGUAUCAUCACGACCCGUUUCCACAGAUGCUCGGUUUAAAGCUUCAACAUCUUCAAUUGGUAACGGUCGGACUGUCAUGACUCCACCUGAUAGCGACCAAUCGGGGGAAAAAAAUCGUAUACCUUCAACUGUGUCUAUUACAGCUGCAUCUGUUGCGCUUUCGCAACAACAGCAGCAACAAGCUCAAGCGGUGGCUGCAGCUAUGAGUAAGACACCAACACCUACAGGCAAGGUCCCAGGUAGUAUCCGGCCAGUAGUCGGAACCAUUACGCAGAAAUUGCCUAUUCCAACUACACCAGACACCCCGCAACUGGACUCUGGGUUUGGACCAGGUACAAUCCAGACUUUGCAAGUAGCAGUCACACAACAGAUGCAAGUACAACAACAGAUGCAGAUCAUGGCGCAAAACCAGCAGCAGCAGCAGCAACAACAACAACAACAACAACAACAACAACAACAACAGCUUCCCCCGCAAAUGUUUGUAGGCGGGCUUCCACCUGGUCCAAUACUAGCUCCUGUUAACCUGGGAGCUCCGCCAAUAAUUCCCAUGGUGCCCAGUAGCAGCAGCAUAAGUCAUCCCGGAUCCCCGGAAAAGUCAAAACGACACCGGCCACAGGAUGACGCAGACUCAUCUACUGAAGAUAUUCAGUUUAAUACAAUGGUGACGACAUCGCUGCCCAUUGCAAUGCCCAUGCCGCGUGAACCUGAACCACCAUUGCCUCCGAGCCCAGUCAAACCACCAACAAGCGGAUCGCCACAACGAGCGUCAACACCCAAGCGUAUUGUGUCCCGUAAACGAAGUCGCACAAAUCUUAAAGGCCAAUACGCAGUUCCUAACGACCCAGAUGAGGUUCCUCCACUACCUGAUUUGCCUAAAGAAGGUGCUCUUCCUCAGCAGCAAGUGGAAACGCCUAUACUUCAUCAGGGCCCAAUGUCAAUGGACAUCAUGUCAAGUGCAUCAUCGUCAAACAUUGGAGCUCAUGGACUGGGGCUUUAUACAACACCUGGGUUUAUGCCAUCGCCUGAUUUGUAUGCUAAUGCAAGGUUUGAUACUGAUUCUGCGUUCCAGACUUAUUCGAUGGCCCCACAACAACAGCAACAGCAGCAGCAGCAACAGCAGCAGCAGGAUCAGCAACAACCACAACAGUCUCGGCCAGGGAUCAACACAGAAACCUACUUCAUCUCAUCGUUCACAGGGGUGCCUGCAACAACUGCACAACUAGCGACAGCUGGUGCUAGCAUGUUUACUAUGGAUGGCAGUGAGGGCUACGGAAGUGGAGUGGUGAUGGCCGAUUUAAAUGCGAGUUCCCCUGAGCAACAGUUUUCCUUAACUUCCCCUCUAGUUGCGGGACCCACUGCUAGCACAGAUAGUGGUACUGGUGGAGGAGGUAUGGGAGGGUUUUCUGAGCAGCACCAACGGCAUCAACAGCAAUUUACACGCGCCAUGAGUACUCCAACUCUGGACAUGUCUUAUAACUUACCUGGACAGCCUGUUCCCCCACGAGUUGUGGGGCUAGGCCCAAUGAGCCCUAUGUACUUAAAUGUACGGCCAGAAUCCCAGCAACAACAACAACAUCAUCAUCAUCAUCAUCAUCAUCAUCAUCAUCAACAUCAACAUCAACAACAUCAGCAGCAACAACAGCAACAGCAACAGCAACAGCAACAGCAACAGCAACAGCAACAGCAACAGCAACAGCAACAGCAACAGCAACAGCAACAGCAACAGCAACAGCAACAGCAACAGCAACAGCAACAGCAACAGCAACAGCAACAGCAACAGCAACAGCAACAGCAACAGCAACAGCAACAGCAACAGCAACAGCAACAGCAACAGCAACAGCAACAGAAUAUGCACGCCACCAUGCAGUCAGGGACUCCUGGGAGGUCUGCUUCAGAUAUUGUGGGAUUGGGAUUGCUAUCAUCUAACGACACGGACAGGUAUAUGGUAACAACUGCAACAGGAACACCUCCGGCAGCAACAGCCACAAGCAAUGAUUAUGUGGGAACAUCUAGUCAUGCUUUAAGUGAAAACAUGGGGCUGGCUAUGCCACGGAGUAAAAGUGUGUCGGGCGCGGUGCCGGUGCGGGGCGCUGGCAUCGGCGAUCCCCAGCAGCUCUUAGUCCAGCAACAGCAUCAUCAUCACCAUCACCAUCAUAUUCCUCAGCAUCACAUACCCCAACAUCAUCAAUCGCACCAGUUACUACCACUGCUGCCGCCGCAGCAGCAACAGCAACAGCAGCAAUUACAGUUUAUUUUCUACACACCUACCGGUGGGCCUAUGAAAAAUGAAGGAAGUGUCAGCAGUGCAGGUGGUGCAUUGUCGGACUCUGGGUCAGUUGGAGUUUCACCUGUAGAGAUUCGUCCUGAUGGUGUGCAGGCGGGUAUGUCGCGGUUUGGUACCAAUACGUUUCGACGGUACAUGCCUGAGAAUGGCGGCGGGUUUCACGAGACACUAUAG